AUUAAUAAUAAGAAGAAGAAGAACAUUAUUUAUUUUUUAUUGUUAAUUAUUCGGGUUGUUUAAAAUGCAGGCGACAUUCAGCUCCCAGAGCUUCAGACCUCCGAUUCACGAUCAGAUCAGCGAGUUACAGAGAAAGAUCCAGUUACUGGAGGGAGACAGGAGUGCUCAGUAUGAGAGCGCACAGAGCGAGAUACACCAGAACCGAGAGACGAUCCUGCAGCUCAGAGAGCAAAACACAAACCUGCAGCGCUCACUGGCACACACACUCACUGGUAAUGAGCAGGUUAUCAGAGAAGUUUUUCAGUCCCGUGGUUCAGAGAGAGCUGCAUACAGGAACAUGUCUGGGCAGGCGGCGCUGCAGGUUCUGGAUCAGAAAGUUUUGGAUCAGGAGAAGAAGCUGAACGCACUGAAACACACGAGCAGAACCUACAAACACCAACUGGAACAACUACACACACACCAGCACAACCAGAGAGAAUCUAAACCACGCCCACUUAGUGCUGAGCAUGAUACGAACCUGCGUGUGUUGGAGAACCGGUUGGAGAAGGCUCAGUUGAAAUGUCAGGAGGCCGAACACAUCAUGAGGGGUUACCUGAAAGUGAAGGAGCACCUGCAGGAGGAGAGCUUGACGUUUCAGUCUCAGUUGGACGGUUUGGAGAACGAGAUUCUCCAUCAGAAGCAGGAACUCCAGCAGCUGCAGCUCAUGAACACCGACGCCCACCAAGCUAAAGACUCGGCCAAGGAGGAGCUGGAGAAGCAGGAGUGUAUGGUGUAUGGUGAGAGGAGGGAGCGAGAGCUCGUCCUCAAUCACUACAAAAAACAAGCAGAGGAGCACAAAGCUCAGAUCGAGCGCGGAGAGCGCAGAAUCCAGCGGGGGGCGCUGCAGCAGGACGAGCUGAGCAGUGAGGUCCAGCGCAGUCUCACAGCGGCGGGUGAGGAGGACAGAAACAUCUCCAGCUUUCAGGAGGCCUUCCAACUCAUCAAAGAGGCUACAGGGGUCACACACACCCAGGAGGUGGUGGACAGGUUCAGAUCUCAGAAGGAGGUUCAGGUCCAGCUGGAGGAGAUGAAGCAGGAGAACGAGCGAGUCCUGCAGCAGCUCAAACACCAGAGAGACGCACAACACACACAACUACACAACAUCAAAUACUCUGGAGAGACACAACUCACCCGUGGGAGGGAGGUGUUGGAUGAGUUUGUGUUUCAGCUGCAGAAGCAGCAGCAGAGACACGAUUCAGCUAAAGAAACACUGGAGAGACUCAAACACACAGUGAGCAGCAUCAGCACCGCCGUCCAGCAUCUCAGUGAGAAACUCCAGCACAUCGUACUGCAGGACCCCCCGGUGCAGCAGGCUGUAUCUUCAGACCAUGUGGUGGAUCUGCUGUAUGAAGCAGAGCAGAAGCUUCAGCAGCUGCAGGACGAGCUUCAGGCUGGAGAUCCUCUCUCUCUCAUCAAGGAGAUGGACGAGCAAGAGUUUCAGGUCAGUAUUGAAGGGAAGCUUCCUGACUACAACACUCGCAUCACACUGCCUGAGACCCAGAGAGCUGAUGUGUAUGACGAUGACGACAGUGGUGAUGAUGAUGGUGAGGUCAUCACUCGUGCAGCCCUCAAGCAACAAUCACAGCUCAUCAUCGACUCCAAAACCAAGAGGAAGAUUCGCCUGAGGAAGAAGAAGAACAAACUGUGAUCCUUCACCUCCAUCGUUAAUCUUUCUCUUCAUUAUAUCACAUUAUUAGAUGAAUGAA